GAUUGUCCCUUUCCGCUCGAUAACAGUUUCAAACGUCAGAGGGUGUACGCUUUAAAGUUCAGUAACGGUUAAACGUGUUUAUACACUGGACUUAACCGAAACACAAUGCUAGCCCCUGCGCUCGAGGUCCCUAUUCAGAACGGCACGGGUUCGAUCCCCACCGUAGGACUCGGAACCUGGACGGUGUUCGGCGAGCAGGGUAACGCAGACGAGGUUGAGAAGGCAUGUCUGGCCGCCAUAGACGCGGGUUACCGGCACAUAGACUGCGCAUGGUGCUACGGAACCCAGCCCGGAGUGGGGCGAGCGCUCGAGGCUAAGAUCCGCGAGGGCGUGAUCACCAGGGAGGACAUGUUCAUUACCACGAAGCUGUGGGACACCCACCACAAUCCGUCCCUGGUCAGCGAGGAGCUUAAAGAUUCACUGACGACACUGCGGACAGACUAUGUGGACCUCUUCCUGAUCCACUGGCCUCUCGCCUUACAGGACCAAGACAUGAGCGGUAAGCCCAUCGCCCCUUUAGACGCUGACGGCAAGGGAAUACCGGCCGAACACGCACUCGAAGACGUGUGGAAAGUAAGGCGUCGUUUCGUCCGGAAAACCGAGAUUCAUGCGUCACGAAAGUUUUGCCGUAAAAAUCGCACAAUGCCGGCGAUGGAAGAGUGCCAUAGAGCCGGACUGACACGGAACAUUGGUCUGUCCAACUUCAACAAGAAACAAGUUGACAGAAUCAUGAAAAUCUGCACCAUUAAACCGUCCAAUAUGCAGGUGGAGGUGUCGCCCUAUUUCUCCAACAGUCGUAUCCUGGACCACUGCCGACAGCUGGGGAUGACGCUGACAGCAUACGCUCCGCUCGGAGCCCCGAACAGACCAUGGAGAGAGACGGGAGAGCCAAACGUCUUUGAGGAUCCAGUUCUGAAAGAAAUUGCAACAGUAAAAAGGAAAACAACGGCUCAGGUUAUCCUCCGGUUCCACAUUCAGCGAGGCCUUGUCGUGAUCCCUAAAAGCAUCAGAACCUCCCGGAUACAGGAGAACAUACAGAUAUUCGAUUUUACCCUGACGGACGACGAGAUGUCAAAGAUAGCCGCACUGGACAAGAACCUUCGCGUGUUUAAGGAGUCAAUUGGGUUUAAUCACAAGGAAUAUCCAUUCAACGAGCCAUUUUGAGAUAUUUGGCAUUGUGCCAAUUAAACAACUAUGACCUUUUGCUUAUGAAGCUAAGAAGAAGCACGAUUGAAUUGUUUUACCGAACUGAGCUAUAAAAUAAAAACGAAAGUUCCUUA